UGGCACUUCAUUGCAUCUGAUGCAGCAGGCUGAGCUCAUUCGCCCCCCAAAGCGUAUGCCACGAUAAAUGGGUUUAGCAUUUAAGAACUUGCAGUGGAUUCCUAUUUGUUUCGGCCUGGUGCUGCUUGCUACACACAACGGCACAGGAAAUAUAAAAGGCGGAAGGAAAUGAGAAUGGGUGGGAGACAAGGGAGCCCAAAUGCAGGAGCCCAAAUGAAUCGCAACAUGUGCAAUUCCACGGACAUGCCAUACGAAGACAGCCGGCAUCUUCUGGUUGUGGUAUACAGCAUCGUCUUUAUCGUGGGCAUUCCAACCAACUGCUUAACUGCCCUCCUGACACUCAUACAGAUUGGGAAGGGAACCAUCACUGCCAUCUACCUGUUCGGCCUCUCCCUAUGUGAGCUGAUGUACCUGAGCACCAUCCCCCUCUGGAUCAUCUACGUGCAAAAUGACCACAAAUGGACGAUGGGGACGCUAUCGUGCAAGGUGACCGGAUACAUCUUCUUCUGCAACAUCUACAUCAGCAUCCUUCUCCUGUGCUGCGUCUCUGUUGACCGCUACGUGGCGGUGGUGUAUGCGCUGGAAAGCAGAGGGAUCCGGCGCCAGAGGAUUGCCGCCGUAGUCACCGUUGCUCUCUUUGGCACGGUUGCAGUGAUCUACUGCCCGGUUUUUUUCAGGGAUGACAUCCAGGACCUGAACAGCACAACUUGCUACGAAACGCCACUCAACUCCCAUUUGGUCUAUUACAACAUCACGCGGUUCUUAGUGGGCUUCCUUAUCCCAUUUGCGCUCCUCCUUUUCAUGAACUACAAGAUCUUCCAAAGUAUUAAGUCCAGCUGCAGCCUCAGCCCAAGCCAGAAAGCGAAAGUGAAGUACCUGGCAAUUGCCAUCAUCUCCAUAUUCGUGGUCUGCUUUGCCCCUCACCAUUUUGUGCUGCUGGUAAAGUCGGUUCUCUUCUUUCUCUACCCAGAUGAGAUGUGCAGAUUCGAGAGAGACAUCUAUACCACUUCGGUGGUGUUCCUGUGCUUCUCCACCGCCAACAGUGUGGCGGACCCGUUCAUCUAUGUGCUGGUGAGUGAAAACGCCCAGCGUGAAAUUGAUCGAAUUUUCAGGGCGUGUGGGAUUGAGCUGUCUGUCAGUUCCAACGAGGACAGCAGCAAGAUCAACAAUUCCCAAAGGUCACCGAAGGAGACAAGGGAGACGUGGAUAUUAGGAAAUAAAGAGGACAGGUAGCUCCUCCUCCUCCUCUUCUACAGGAACUCUGCAUUGGCAGAAAAGGGUGGGAGGCGGGCAGCAUCUUCAGAGGGGAGGGACGCAUUCCUUUUCCCCUUACGUCCUUGAGGCUGAGAAAAAGCCUGCCCACUCUGAGGGAUAAACGCUGCCCAUUGAACGGUGUGGUCUCAUUUGCAUUGUGCGCUAUGAACUGGCCUUUCGGCAAAUCCUGGCCAUUAUGCAUAAUAGGUUAAUGUCAUGAUUUGCAGCAGGAUGCAUUCCAGACAUGUUGAUGGUGCACCAGCCAUUCAGCACCAGCAGAUCCUGCUGGGAUGGGGGGCAGGCAAUGUAGCUCGUGGGCGGUUGAUUAUUUAUUGUGCUAAGAAGGAAGGAAUGGAAUGUGGCCGUUGAAAAGCUAAAUGCAAAAAAGAAAUUAACAUGUUACCUCUUUGGGAUAUCCUUUUGUGUGGAAUUUGAAUGUCUAAACGUUCAUGGUAUCUUGACUAAACUAUUCACUUCUCCAUUGCAUCCAGUGUUCACACAAACACAGCACUGAAAGCAUGUAGGGUAAAUAUCUCUCUGCAAAGGAGGUUAAUCAGGGAGCCAGUUAUACUAGAGCAGCAGUUUUACACAAUCCCCGAUGGUGUCAUCAUUAAAUAAAUGUCUAUGUCCGUCCACAUGGUGGACUCCCGACCACGAUGUGGGCAUUACCUGUGCAUUGUGUGUGCUUGAACAAAAGAAGUAUUCUGCAGCUUAUAGAAGACACCUGGAUUGGGACUUUUGAAAGUCUCCAGAGGGAGGACAUUCCAUAGGUGAGAGGCACCAACAAAGGCUUAGGAACAAGGACUGAGUCAGACCAUUGGUCCAUCUAGCUCAGUAUUGUCUACGCUGACUGGCAGUGGCUCUCUGGAGUUUGAAAAAAGAGAUGAAAUCCCAAGAGGCUACAAAGCAAUCUAUUUCUAGAAAAAGCUCAACACAUUUCAGCAGGUAAUUAUUUUAGACCUUCAUCCGUAACUACAGGCCAACACACGUUGGGCGUUUUCUAGAAAGAAAUUCCAUUGUAGCAUCUUGAGGUUUACUCUCUCUCUUUUUGGAGGGGUUGUUCUGAAUGCUUUUUGUACUUUUCCUCCAGUGUUUCAGCCAGGGCACUCUUCCAGCUCUACCUAGAGAUGCCGGGUAUUGAACCUAGGACCCUCUGCACGCAAAGCAGAUGCUCUGUCUCUGAGCUACACCCUCCUCUUCUGCAACUUGGAUCCUAAGUACCUGUGAGCAGAAUUCUACUCAUGUGAUGCUCCUGCUGACAAGAAGGGAGGAUGCAAUUUUUGUUGAUUUCCUCUGCAGCCCCCCCCCCUCAAAAAUCUGCUCCAGAGAAUAGGGAGACUGUCCAGACCAGCACAGGAAGUUACACUUGGGGCUGUAGAGAGCAAAGGGAAACUGACAACAAUAAUCUUGCCUUUCACCAGUGGGAGCUUUGCUGGAUCAGAGUCUUUUUCAUUUAUGAAAGAAACUCAGGACUGAAGCCAAAAUCUUUCAAGUACUAUUAUAUUUUAUCCCACACUUGCUCCAAAAGAACUCAGAGUGGUGUACAUGAUCCCCCACUUUAUGCUCACAACAACCUUGUGAGGUAGGUUUACCUGACAGAAUAGUGACUGGCCCAGUUUCAUUUUGUGAGUUUUGUGGCCGAAGUGGGAUUCAAACCCAAGCCUCCUUGCUCUAAUGCUAUACACACUGGCUCUUGUAUAAAGCUGCCUCCCACUGUUGAUUCCUGAGUCCCCAGCAGCCAAGACUGAAGAAUGGUGCAGGUAAAAAUGGGGUAGAAAUUCAACUGGUUCACAUUUAAAGGUAAACUUACCUAAUUUGCUCUUUCUGAAACAAGAUGUGAACUGAAACCGUUAAAAUUCGCACUUCUCUGAAUUUUGC